ACCGGAGAGUGCUGUUAACGACCGCGUGGGACCGACAUGGGUUUCUCUCCGGUCAUGAGGUGGGUACAUUUGAUUGGUAAGGCAUCGAAGCGACGUGGAAUAAAGCCACGAAUCGCCAUCGCGGAAUCCACCGUUCUCUUUUGGAUCGGCUCGUUCCCACGCAAAACAGUCUUUCUUUUUGGGGCUUCACAGAGAGACCGAGGAGAUCCGAACCAAUCGCUCUCACCUUCUUUCCUUGGCAAUCUGUUCUUCUUCCUCUUUUCUUGAUCGGUUUAGGGAAAACGUUUGAUCAAAAUUUCUUUCUCAUCGUCUGGGGGCGAAUUGAGCUACAUUGUCUGUUCUUAGAUGCUUAGUAGCAGUAAUUGUCAGUGUUGUGAUAGAUCUGUCGAAACAAAGAUUGAUAGUCGGUGACACGUUGGAACAAUUAGGUUUUGAGAGGAUAUCUGCACGUCCAUGGCGCCACGGUCUGUGUUUGCCUCAUUUUAAUCGCUCUCUUGGUUUUGCCUCAAAUUGUGUGCCCAAUUGAUGGCUUUUGUCUGUGAAAGCAUAUCAUUUAACGUGAAUUCCCUCGCGUCGAUUGAGACCGAGCUCCCUUUCAGCUACUACAGUCUUCCCGACUGUCACCCGCAGGGUGGGAUCAAGAAGAGCGCCAAGAAUUUGGUAGAGUUUCUCAUGGGAGAUCUUCCAUGUCAACGUCGAUGAAUCCUUUUUACUUGUGCACCACAAACCCAUUAAAUGAGGACAAGGUGAAGCUCCUGAAGCAGAGAACACCCGAUCUCUAUCAGGUCAACAUGAUACUCGACAAUUUGCCUGUGAGGAGGUUCACCAAACGGAAUGGCAUCACCAUCCAGUGGACUGUGCGAAGAGACCUGAGAAGAUAUGAGGGGUUGGACAAAAAGGCCCAAACUCAGCUGAAAGAGGAGCUGUCUGGAUGGAAACUUGUCGUGAAUGACGUCUUCGGGUAGCCAACUUGCUCGAAGCUGCUCUGCGUCAUGGUUGGAGAUGGCAUACAGAUUGCAACCAUGGUAGUUGUAACAAUUGUGUUUGCUGCUCUUGGAUUGAUCUCUCCUGCUACAAGAGGCAUGCUCUUGACAGGAAUGAUCGUUCUAUAUCUUUUCCUGGGAUGCUGCUGGGUAUGUUGGAGUAAGGCUAUGGAGGACAAUAGAAGGUGGUUCACAGGGAUCGAGAUCUCUUUCCUGGUCGAUUGUGUUUCUCUUCCCAGGGAUUGUAGUCAUCGUUCCUCAGCAUUAUGAACUUCUUGUAGCUGGGGAAGAAAAGCACACGAGCAGAGCCUUUGUGGUUCUGCAUCUUGGUUCCUCUAACCCUUUGGGUUAUUGCUUGGGCACUCAAGCGGAACAUAUAUAGUAUCAUGUUCUAAUAAAUCAGAGCUCAAUAGAAAUUCCUGCCAGAACCCUUCAUGGCUCCUUGUCCUUGCUGCCAGAACUCUACCAUUUGGGACCCUCUUUAUUGAGCUCUUCUUUAUCCUUUCCAGUGUUUGGCUUGAGGACUGGCGGUGGCGGUGGCGGUGGAAAUCUUUCUUUUCUUCUGAAUCAGCUGCCCUUUAUCUAUUCCUCUACUUCAUGAACUACUUGGAUUUUAAGUUCGGAGCUUGAGUGGGCUUAUAUCCUUUACCUUGGCUAUUUACUGAUCAUGACUCUUGCAAUCAUGUUAUCUACCGGUGCCAUUGGCUUUUUGAUGUCUUUUUAUUUUGUUCACUACCUUUUCUCGUCGGUCAAGAUUGAUUAAGGGAGGAGCAGCACUCAUGACUCUUUUUGAAUUCCUAUUUCUCAGUACGUAGGACACAGAUCGCCAUUCUGGAUUCGAGACUGACUUGAGAUUUCUCUCCAGUUUCCACCAUCCAUUGUCGGCACAAGUGCAAGAAGAACAUGGCUGCUAGUGGUUUGACAUCCGCGGAGCACCGUCUCUGGACCAUCUCUUCUUCCGAGUGUACAGGCAACAACAGUAGGAAGUACGAUAACAGUGGGUUACGUCAUGGGCUUUUGAGUGAUGUUUCUUCGGUCUUUCUCUCUCACUCUGUCUGCACAAGGUCUCUCAUGAGAGCAAAUGAUGCGAAGGCGUUUGUUAGAGUGUGGAUGGUUAUGGCAAUGUGCUUUCGGAUUCUUGUCCAAGGGAAGCUUGCUACCCAGAGGGAGCUUUUCUAUAAGCUGCUUUGUGACGCACCUGAAUAUUUCAGGUCACAGCGUCAGGUCAACAGAACAGUACAAGAUGUUGUGGCAUUGCUCCGUUGCACUCGGCAUAGUCUAGGCAUCAUGGCAUCCAGCAGAGGUGCAGUUAUUGGACGCAUGGUGUUAGAGAUAUUACUGCCAUGGGAGUCAACCUACAGAACAACCAAAGAUUUUGAAAACAUAUCAACUGAGCCUGGUGAACAGAUUGUUGAUUGUUCCAUGAUUGGACAUGCUGGCUAUGCUGUAACUGGGGACCUUUGUACGUUGAGCAAACUUGUUCUACAUUCUGAUGCUCGAUAUAUCAUUAUAAUAGAGAAGGAUGCUAUAUUUCAGCGGUUGGCAGAAGAUCACUUCUUCAAUCAAAUACCAUGCAUAUUAAUCACUUCCAAAGGAUAUCCUGAUAUUGCCACAAGGUUUUUACUGCAUCGGAUAAGCCAGACUUUUCCAGACAUGACGAUCUUGGCUUUAAUGGAUUGGAACCCAUCUGGAUUGGCAAUACUAUGUACCUACAAGUUUGGAAGCAUAACUACUGGUUUAGAGUCAUACAGAUAUGCUUGCAAUGUUAAAUGGCUUGGACUGCGAGCAGAUGAUCUGCAGAUUAUACCUCAACAAGUGAUGAUGCAGUUGAAGCCACAUGAGAUAAAAACAGCUAAAAGCCUAAUGUCUUCCAAGUUGUUGCAGGAGAGGUACCAGGCUGAGUUGUCAUUGAUGGUUGAGAGGGGCCAUCGUGCAGAAAUUGAAGCUCUGUACUGUCAUGGAUUUGAUUUCUUGGGAAAAUAUAUAGCAAAGAAGAUUGUACAGGCUGAUUACAUUUAAUGUGAUACUACUCCACGAAGUAAGACAGAGAAGAGCAGCAAGGUUCAUUGGAGAGGCAAAUGUAAGCCACAUUGGACCUUAAUGUAAGUGCGACUCUACAACUCAGCAGUCUCAUAACUUUCACAGAUCUAAUGCUUCUGAGUAGGUGCUUUUUACCCGGUCUCUCAUACUGUUUUCUCAUUCUAAGCAAAAUAACGUUCUCUUACUUGCAGCAUGAUUUUGUUGUCAGGAAGUCAUCUGCAUGAGUUCUUGUUAUUAGCAUUUCUUCAUCCUAAAUAAAUUAUCUAUUAUCUGUCAUAAUAUCAUAUUUAUCCUUUUUUUUUUGUUGUGCUUAUCAUAUUUAUCCUUGAAUAUAGUUGUGGAAUAUAAUCAAUCAACAGUAAGCUUGCACAACAUUAAGAAUCCUUGGUCUGCCACAUGCCACACUUUUAGGGGUGCCGAUUGAGCCCAAGAAUCUGAAAACAUGGCUAGUAUGGAUGUCAUCAAAUUUACUGUUAUUUGGAUCCAGUAAACUAUCGGGUUAGAGCAUAAAUCGGAUGAUGUGUAAAUCCGAUAUCUGUCUGAAAUGAUACCUAACCCAAAACUUUCUUACUGGGAUCCAUCCCCAUUUGGAUCCUAUAAUUCUUCAUGUCCGAUCCGGAUUCUAGAUGAACCCAAUCAGCAACACACAUAAAACUAUAAGUUGCUAGGCUUAUGAAUAUGAAGUCAAGUAUAAGAUUGUAGUCUAUGACAUAUGUUUCUUUAUUAGAAGUCAUGAACCAGCCUUUUAAGAGUUUGCCUCAGGAGUGAAGAUUGGUUGAUUGGUGAAAAGUCUAGUCAUAAGUAGUUGAGAGAGAAAAAGCCAUGCCAUAAGAUGCGUGAUUGAAGCUAUAAGAACGGCAUCGUAAGUGAUUAGCGACUGAAUCCAUUUUUGGUCGGUAGAGUUGGGUCCAAAUCUUCUUUGAGAAGAAACAAGAAAAAGAAAUCCUGAAAGCUACGAACAAAGUUCUAUAUAGGGACAGAAACUUUGCACCCGUUAAUCAGAAGUCUUUUUUUUUUUUAAUUCAAUUUAUCGGUAGACUGUUAAGCCACACAUGCUGGUCCUACACUGCCAGAUGGAUGAUUAUGAGAUCAUCCGAUAUCACUUCACACUAAGACGUCCAUUUUCUCAUAAUCAAAUAUUUGUCAUCGAAGGCCGGUCUGCGUAUGGGAGGUGGCAGGAAACCAGCCAUAUGCCUCCCCCGCCAACAGCACGAUAUGCUGUCCCGGUCAUCGUCCCACAUGAAUGUGCUGAUGGGCCACGCAAUGAAUGCUACGGCAAGGAGAAUUGAUAGUGGCAACGACGCAAGGGCCGAGCCGAGACCUCUCCAGUCCUUCACCCCAUCCCCAGAAGAUAACUCCAAGAAAAGGAUCAAGUAUGCAUGUAUCUGGACAAUAGCUAGAGAAGGGAGCAGGUGCAGCAGCCGCUGCAGCAGUAGUUUUUGGCUCUUAAUGGAGAAAUCAAUGCGGCUGUUGGCCAUGGCGCGUCGUACGGCUCGCCAUUGGGUGUUGACAGCAACGGGUCGACCGCGGACGGUCCUGGUGACUGUCGUCUUGCGCGUUGCCCAUCGGUCCACCCGUCGCUGUGUCGUCUGCAUGUCAACCCUAGCGAUGGUCGUCAUCAUCAUCAUCAUAACAUACUGGUGCAAUCCUCCCUCCAUGCGACCCAUGGGAAACACAUUAGAGGACAUGUGGGGGUUGGAAGAAAACGCAGCAGCCCCAUGUUGUGUUGUAUUCCUUACCUGUCGUGUUCCUCGUUUUCUUCCUGACAUUCAGUGUCACUGGCCUGUUUCGGAUCCUCUCCACUGCUACAAUUAACUCAGACCUCACACAAUAAUCGUUGCUGUUGGCCCCAUUAGCUUUUAAGUAAUGCACAUGAAUCAACCUCCAAGUCUCUGUUGCUGAAGAAGGUUUUAUCUGCCAAAGAAAAGAGAUCUCAUAGACAUUAGAUCGCCAACUGUUCCUUUUCUUUUGGUGGAUUUUAUGUAGCUACCGCAUGGAUAGUCAACCUUAUGAUCAUCUUGGCAGAGCUUUU